UUAACCGAGUGCAGAAGAAGAUCACGAAGCAGAGGAAGUGGAGCAGCGCUAGCUCCGAUCAUAUUAUCGAUCACCAUGUCUCCUUCUUAGACGCAAAACAAAGCCCAGAACAAACAUCCUGCUCCAGCACGGACUCUUGAAGAUGGCAGGCGAGGAGGAGAGAGGGGUGGUCCGUGUCAGAGUCAAGAAAUGUGAUGGGGUGCUUCCAGUGGAGUUUCGGUCCUUUGCUGUUGAUCCUCAGAUAACAUCACUGGAGGUUCUGCAGCACAUUCUCAUCAGAGCCUUUGAUUUGAAUGGGAAGCGGAGCUUUGGGAUCAGUUACCUGUCUCGGGAUAGGAGUGGUGCUGAAAUGUAUCAGUCUCUGGUGUCAGACUCGGAUUUGGAUGUUGCAUUUGUCAGUGCAGCCAAAACAUACCUACAGCUCAAGAUGGACAUAAAACCUUCAGAAGACAGUCCUGUUAUGGAGGACUGGGACAUCAUAAGCCCCAAAGACGUGAUUGGCUCUGAGCAGCUUCUUGCAGAGAGGACGAGGUCUCUGGCCUCCGCCGCUCUUCCUUUCACCCAGUCUCUACUGUCCCAGAUGGGCCGGACAUUGUCCAAGGUCCAGCAAGCUUUGAGCUGGUCUUAUGGGGAGGAGAUCAAGCCUUUCAAGCCUCCUCUCAGUGAUGCUGAGUUUCACAGUUACCUCAAUGGUCAGGGCCAGUUGACACGACCCGAGGAACUCAGACUGCGAAUCUAUCAUGGUGGUGUGGAGCCUUCUCUGCGCAAGGUUGUGUGGCGGUACCUCCUGAAUGUGUACCCUGAUGGACUGAGUGGACAGGAAAGAAUGGACUACAUGAAGAGAAAGACAAGGGAGUAUGACCAGCUGAAGAGAGAGUGGACAGCCCGGGUCAGUCAUGAGGACCUUGAAUUUAUUCGCGGAAAUGUUCUCAAAGACGUCCUGAGAACCGACCGGGCUCAUCCUUACUAUGCUGGCUCAGAAGACAGUCCACAUCUGACUGCACUUACAGACCUGCUCACCACUUUUGCCAUCACACACCCACAGAUAUCAUACUGUCAAGGCAUGAGUGAUAUCGCCUCCCCUAUACUUGCAGUAAUGGACAAUGAGGCGCAUGCCUUCAUUUGCUUUUGUGGCAUAAUGAAGCGUUUGGAGGGAAACUUCCGUCCAGAUGGGCAACUCAUGUCUAUUAAAUUCCAGCAUCUAAAGCUGCUUCUGCAGUACUCGGACCCAGAAUUUUACUCUUACCUGGUGUCCCGAGGAGCUGACGACCUCUUCUUCUGCUACCGCUGGCUGCUCCUGGAGCUCAAGAGAGAAUUUGCGUUUGAUGAUGCUUUACGGAUGCUUGAGGUCACCUGGAGCUCCCUGCCUCCGGAUCCGCCUGAGACCGAAGUGGAGCUUCUUGGACCGCCACUAGACGCUGAUGAAACUGUGACCUACAAAGACAAGACAGUCGAGACCUUCCUCAGAGAUGAUAAGGAACAAAAAGAGAAGCAGAGGAGGAGACAUAUGUUGAGGCCUUCAAGAGAAGAAGCAGAUGCGACCAGGAAUGCCGUCAUAGAACAAAAAGACAGGCAAAAUGUAGGUGCUGGAACAGGAAGUGAGGGCAGUGAUUGUGACAUUAAUCAAGUGAGUCUGGUAAAGUCAGAUUUUCAGGCUCCUUUUGAAAAGCAAACAAGUUUUGGAGAGUUUAAAUACUAUACUGCCAGAAAUGAAGAUAGCUUUGAUAUGGAAGAUGGUGACCAACCACAGGGUUUGGCUUUUUCAAAGUCGGUACCAAACAUCCCAAGUCGCCAGUCUACAGUUGAUAGUGAGGGGGAUCCAGAAGAGAGAACACCUCUCAUAAAAAACUGUGAAAUUGGUUUCUCUCCAAUAUCAUCACCUCACCUCUUUCAUAGUGGCCUACCUAUUUGGAAAAGUGGCUCAUCUGUGUCUCUGACAUCUUCAGCUUCCCCCUCCAGCUGGCCAGGAGCGUCUCCAGACUUACCUCCGAAGUCCACAUCCCCAUCCACAAACAAUGGGAGAGAGGCCUUACCAAGCACUGUUCCAAAAAUAUUGACCUCCGUCGCCCAAGUGCUAAGCGAUACAGGGAUCAACUCUCCCACAACCCCCACUGCAAAAACAUCUAUUGCAUCUCCCUCCCACCCUCAGAAUCGAUCCCUUCUCUCUUCACCUAUUUUGUCCUUUGGCAGAGGCCCCUCGUUGUCUGGCAGCAGGUCAUCCACCAACAAUCUUCCUUCGCCAGGCAACAAAUCUCCCAGCACCGCAGCUAACACACCCAGUUCUCUGAAAGCUGAGACCACCAGCAUCAAAUCGUGUUCGCUGCCGCCUCCGCAAGAGUUCGGCAAAGGCAAUCCCUUCAUGCUGUUUCUGUGCCUGUCCAUCCUGCUGGAGCACCGAGACCACAUAAUCAAGAACAGCUUGGAUUACAAUGAGCUAGCCAUGCACUUUGAUCGGCUAGUGCGCCGCCACAACCUUAGCAGGGUGCUGCAGCGAGCCAAGGCCUUAUUUGCAGACUACUUGCAGAGUGAAGUGUGGGACUCAGAGGAAGGGGAUGAGGUUAGCUCUGACUCCCCAACAACAAUUACCGCUGUGCAACACUCCCCUUCUUCAACCAUCUCUGCCAGGCCUAUUUACAGCCCUUUAGCCUCGCCUCAGUCAUCAUUUCAAAACUCAACCUAUAACCUCACAACCACCAUUCCCUCCCCAACAGCUCAAGUUUCCCUUUCCCCCGCUUCCUGAUUCCAUCAACACUAGAUUCCCAACCUCAGCGAAAGACUGAUUGUGGCCUGUUGGAGGUGUCCACCUUUUUAGCCAGCCUUCCUAAUUGAAUUGGGCUGUUAAUAAUCUUCUCAUUCUGUGUAUGCUUGAAUAUGUAUUUAUAUUCCUUUGGUCAGUAGUCAUUGUUAUCUUUUAUUUUUCUCCUAAAACCUUCCAGUUAAUAGAAUGGAGGUCUGUCCUUGAUGAAAGAGCUUCAUUUCUUUUCAUGUCCUCUGUUGUUGCUGAUGCAUGAUGUUUAAACCCUGUGAUUCAGGUGUCAGAUAGUUGGGCUGUCUGAGUUUUGCCAGAACCAAUAACAGUUUAGCCACCUGGUGCAUUUAACCUGAGUUGGUGCAUUUAACCUGAGUUGCCCUCUUUUUUAAACUUUGUUUACAAACUUAUGUUAUGUCCUAUAAGCCACAAACGUGUCUUAACUAAAACACUCAUGUUUCUUUAGUUAAAAACAAAAGGGAAUUCCACACUCUGAUAUACUGAAAGUAACGGUUUGAAUAGUUCUUAUUCAUAAGGACUUUUACAGAAACGACUCAUCUUAUCAACCAAGCUCUAAGUCGUCAGUGAGUCACAAAAUAAACUGAUGACAUAAAUAGCCAGCACACAUACUUAACCUCACCUUUCUGACCGAGCCCUGCCACCAUUUGCUUUGCUUCUGUACGUUUGUCUAUUAUGAUAAAACAAAGAUGAUGAUGUCAGAGUGAUGUCAUCGGGGGUCAUCUCAGCUUGGGCUUGGAGCCUUUAUCACAAUUUUGGGUUGCAGCUAGGAUCACUUAAGCAUGCAUGAGUCCAACAAAGAUCCUUUUGAACUGCAUCUUGUUCAAGCUCUUUCUCUUUUUUGUCCCUGAACUUUUUGUACCUGAAAAUACAAACUUGUGGUCUGGAGCAUUAAUUCAAAAGCUGUUGUGAACCAGUGUCUGCUGGAUUUCUACUUUUACUCUUCCCAAGUGCUGUUGCAUGUGGAUGUGAUAAGAUAGAGAGAAGAGUCCUACAUUCCUCCACUUAAAGAUUCCCAUUGAUACCACUCUGCUCUAGAUGAGCCAGAAUUAAUGAAUAUGUCUUUCAGCCUUUGGUCCUCUUGUUGCCAUGAGCUGGAUCAUUUUUAAUUUUGUGUGAUGAUUAAACUUUCUUACUGCUUCUGUGAAACAACAGGUGAUGGUAGAUGAUGUACAGGAGACAUGUGGCUGAGGUUUCCAUAAAUUUGGGUAUAAUUAAUAUGAAUCAGUGACAUGGUCAAAAGUGGGGGGGGGGCACUUUAGCUAAACAAUCUUUACACCGUUAUUUUGGCUUUGUUUCUCUUUUUCUCAAUUUUGAAUGUGACUCAGCCAAUCAAGGUCAUAUCCAGGUCGGUAGCUGGGGUGUCUGUGGUUAUAACAGGACAAUGUGGCUGAUCUUUUAUGUCGUCAUGUUACACAAUGAGGUGAAGUUGUGUAGUGUUUGUGCAGAGCUGCAGGGAGCAGUUUGGUGUGGAUCUACAUACACUGUAUGUAUGCUGGACUCAUACAUUCAAACUACAACAGUCAUGAAGAAAGUACUGUACUUUAGUUAAAGGCGGGUCAUCAUUUCAGCACUUUGGUUAUUGCUGUUUGCCAAAGACUGUUUGACUUUUUGUGUUUUGUCUGUGUUCAUUGAAUGCACAUUUGCUAAUAUCACACAUGAAAGUCUGUUUGCUUCGUGUGAUCACUGAAAUUGGAAAAAAAAGUCCUGGCUGUAUAUUCAUUAUGUUAACAUUUGAUUCUUCAGUGUCAUAGACAUUCUAAAGUAGAAGAUGAUGUGAUACCACCUGACGUAGCCAUUGACACAAAUAUUAGCCUAUUUACAACCUUUGGAAGAGAAGUGCCUCACUUGUUUGAAUCACUAGCCUUGAUUUUUUAUUUUUUUUUGUCCUCUUAACAUUUGUCUACGUAAGUUCAUCACACAUGCUGAUCCAAAAAAUCGAUGAAACAAUGUGACUGGAUUGUAUCAGUGACAGCUCUUAUGCAUGGUGUUCACUACAGAGUUCAUUUAGGAGAGAGGGUAAAACAGCAUCUAACAACAUUUUGUAGAAUCUGCAUACUUCUAAGAUUCUUAUCUCAAUAUGUCAUGUCUGUCAGGACAUGUGGAAAAAUGAGUGUCCAUAUUUUUUAUGUUAUACUUUUCUUUGAGCUACUGAGUCAAAACUAGUCUAAAUACAUUUGUACACAUUUUGAAUUGAGUUAAUCUAUGAGUCCAAAUUAUUGAUCCUGUGUCUCCAUUUGGUCCAAAAUUGUAUCAAAUGUCAAACGUGACUUAACCUUUCAUGUCAUUUUUAUUUGCAUAAUUGAAAGACCCUGAGAGCUAAUUUAAAUAUUAAAUUGAGAUAUUCCAAUUGCAACACAACAAAGUCAGCAGUCAGGAGUGCUAUGCUCAUGUAAUCAUAAUAUUAGCUUGUGUUUGUUUGACAGUGAUUAGAAAAUGUUGACAUGGCUCAGCCUUGAUCAUUGCACAUAUUGAUCUCGGUUAAAAUAAUGUAGAUGAUGUGCUGCAUAACUUAAAGAAUCAGUCAAACACAGAGUUUUUAGUUAAUAAAUCCUCAGAGGUGCACCUGCUGAUUUUGUUGUCAUGCCACAAACAGAUUUUCUCCCAGCUUGUUGUUGAUGUUUGGGAUUUCAACAUAACUCAGUCAUAUGGGAAAAUCUGGGAAACAACAUCAGGGAGUGUUAAGAUUUUUUUGAAGAUUCAUUUUUUUCCUCAGCACUGUUUACUUUUAAGACUGAAGGCUUGUCUUGACUCUUCUGUUCUUUCUGCUGUUGUGUAUGCUUAGUAAUCUGUAAUGCAGAGGGCUGAAGUGAAAUACUUUUGCUAGAAGUUUGCCCUCAGGGCUUUAUGCUACAAAGCUUUUCUGGUAUCAACUUCAGUUUUCGAGUACGGUUUGGUGAAGUUUAGGUUAUUAGAUGACUUAUGUAUAGGAACAGAACAUGGUUUGUGUUAAAUCUGAUCCUUUCACUACAUGAACCUCGUGCAAAGGUUUUCUGACAGAAAGGCAAACUUCUAACAUGUGCAAGUGAUCUCAUGUCUUUAGAAAGACCUGUGUGAUUAUUGUGGUUAUUACUCGUACUAUCUGGUUCAGCCUCCUUUUGUACAUCAGUAUUUAAUAGCAUAUUUAAAAAGAACUGAAACAACUGGACUAGGUGGACUAUGAGCUCACAAUAUGUGCAUUUGCAAAAAUGUAUUUGAUUAUAUCAUUAAAUUAUAUAUGUGCACAAAGUAAAACUUUUUAAUCAUACAACACACAACAGUGUUACCGAUAGUAUAUUGGACACAAAUAAAUAAUAAUCAGUGCAAA